AUGACCCAAAAACCGAAACCGGAGAUGAGGGAAAUACUCACAAGACAUAAAGAACAACUGAGAGAGACACUCUCGCUAUUAAUCGAGUGUGUCAGUAACAAAUCUAAACGAAUUCUAUUCCAAAUUUAUCAUGACUUGAAGCAUAAAGCCGAUUACUGCCUAAGAAGAGAGGGAAUUCUACGGGUCGUUAAUUCAAAAAAAACUCAUAUGGCCACUAUCGUAGAAUUCAUAUCCCGAAAGUACAAUAUCGAAAAUAUAAAUGAACUGACAAUAACGAAGUUGGAUAAAAUUCAACAUGAAUAUCUAAUGAGGCAGAUUGAAACUAAGCCACUGCAUUCUAUUCUUUUCCAGUAUUUGAAGGACACUGAAGUUAAUGUUAAUGAAUCUGCAGGGUGGCUAGUUCAUGGAAACAACUCCGCAAGAACUGAAGGAAUGUGUUGUUCACUACAGGAUCGAAAUUUGUUUUUUGAUAACGGAGAAAAUAAAUGCAAUCACUGCAACUCAGCAAAGAAGACCGUUGAUCACCUUGCUACCAGAUGUGGACGAAUGCUGAACAGCUCUUACCUGAGACGGCAUAAUGAAGUUGUCAAAUGUCUACAUUUGCAUUUAUGCCGCCAAUACGGGAUAAGAAAAAUGAAGAAAUUAAAAACUCACUCAGUUCAAUCUGUUGUCGCCAAUGAAAUUCGAGUUGACACAACUAUUUCUACGGAUACGGCUGUUUCAAAACAAUAA